AUGUUUGUAGAUAUAUCCUUGAAAGACCGGUACGAGUCUCUGAAGUUAUUGUGCAGUGAACAAGUCAUGGCAAAUGAACUUCUUAAGGAAGAGUUGGACCGUCUUCGCAAAAGCUUCCGGGAGUUAUCCAGGCACAGAGCUUUCUUGCUGGAAAAGUUGAUUGCAAUGCAGUCCAAAGCGGCUCACAAUGUUGAACAGGACAGCAAAAGAGCUGGCAAAUCAUCUACUGUUCAGAAUCACCAAAAUCGUAACAAUCAGAUUCAGCGAAGUAGGGUUGCACCUACUACUCGUCGACCAUCAAUUCAACGCUCUAAAGUCUAUCCUCCUGACGGCAUGUCUGUUGAUGAAUCGGAUCCUGAGUCUAUGGCAAGUCCUGGGGACUUCAGUAAUGGCUGGGAAGAUGACUUCCAUCACAUGGGUGUUCCUGGUUAUCGGCGUCCUCAGUCCAAAAACGUGAAGCGACAGCCAAAAUUACCAUCGGCACAUCCAUCGUCAUUCAAACGAUCUCGGAUAAUCGAAGAAGUUCCCGGUCCUUCCUCGCGGGGGAAUUUCAUUGAGUACAAUCCCUCAGGAUCUUCCCACGCUUCAAUGGGGAGCGUGAGAACAUCAUUGCCCUACGAGUUCGCCGACAGUUGUACAGAUCUAUCAGAGGAGCCGCCGAUAAUUUACUCCAAAGGUGCUGGAUUUACACCUAACGAAACUCCUAGAAGGGCAACUCCGAACAUUCUUAAGACUUCCUCUUUCGUUGGCGGAAAUGUUAACGAUCGGUCGUUCCCCCAAAAACCACCUCCGGUCAGUGGAAGUUUUUUCGACUCACGUUUUCAUUGA